AUGUCUGGGGUCAAACGGAAAGCUCUCUUUGAGCAGCCUGACCUGGAGUCUUCUGAUUUCAUCACACUUAAGGAUAAAGAACCACUUCUGGUGAAAAAAAUCCUGGAGUACCUCUACACCGGCGACUAUACAAUUGAUGGUCCUACUGCGGAUACGAAUUCAGCAAGCCAGGUCUUGGAUAAUCCCACGGUUACAACACUCUCGAAGACAAGAGAUGCAAAUGCAGACUUAUCAUCUAGGUCAGCUCUCUACUAUAGAAGUUUCCUGGCUGUCAAUUUCAAUGAGCUCUGA